GAUGAUCAAAAUAAAAGAGCUCGUUGCAACUCCAACUCCAAUUCCAGCUCCGAUUCCUUAUAAACGUGUAUAACGAGCUCUGGUGAAAGAGUGUAUCCGAUAUCACAAUGUUGUUCUGAAAGGAUAACUUCGUCAACUUCUUUACCUCCUUCACACAGUUCACAAUUCAUGAAGCUGGAAUAGGUUUGCAUUCGCCAAAAGAAGAUCAGUAGCAAGUUUUUUUUCUUCUUUGCUUUCAUGUCCCUUCUUCACUUCACUCCUUCUCAUUCUUUCAAGACUUGCACCUUCAUUUUCCCAUACCUGCCUUUAUUUAUUUUCUUUCCAUACGUUGAUUCAGAUUACAAAGUACAAGAUAUUUAAACAGAAAUUAUUUCUCUGCAUUUCGAAGUCCCUUUCCUUCCUUCUGUCCGUCAACUUGCACUCACAACCGUUGUUCACAAAUUGCUGCGAUAUUUCGAUAUUCCAGUACGAGUAACUUGAUCAAAAAGUUCGCUUUUAUCUGAUUCGUAUCGUUACGUAUACGCUCUUACCAUGAGCAUUCCACUGUCCGACCACGUCACAGCUUCAAGUCUCGGAUCUCUCAAGUUUCCUCCGUCACCUCCUCACAAUAGACAUGAACAUGAACUUUCGUCUUUGACGAAACCCUACGAUUCUUGCCAUCAUCAACAACAUCAUCAUCAUCUGAAUUCCAAGGGACUCGGAGGGACACGGAUUUCUCAAGUCGAGAUUACUUCCUUCUAUUCUCCUGCAAAUUCAUCAUACGAGCCAGAUGGAAGUUCAACAAUUGCUUCAACUCCUCCAAUGUCCGGAAUCCAGCAAAUCAAUGGCUCAUCAUCUGCUCUUCAGCCUUCAUCAACUUCCCGUGUCUUGCCUCUAUCCCAAUCUACGAUAGCUCCUCUUUGUCUUCAGUGCAAAGGUCACAAGUAUGGCUUCACGUCGUACUUUCACAACGCCGCAAUUUUUCCAGAACCGCCACACGAUCUACUGAUGUUGGUAGAGCAGUCUUAUCUUCUAAGAAAUCGGCUCAAGAGCUUGAUGAUCAACUAUGUCACCAGGAUAGUUGACAAUAGUCGUUUGGAAGCGAUCGCUAAUGAGAUUCUGGAUUGGAAGGGUCGCGUGGAAUGUCUAACAAGAGAAGUCUUGAUAUCUUCAAUGGGAUUUGAACUGAAUAUGGAAGGUCUCGAAGCGGUCAAUGAUUGGGCGGCGGAUCUUGUUCAACGACUGGGCAAUCACGUGAAUGGGUUUCAGAAGAUGGAACUCUCAAAGGAAGAUCAAAAGAGAUUGCUAAUUGACUUCAAGAAACUAUGGGAGGUGGUCUGGACGAGUUUUAUGGCCGACCGGAACAGGCGGAACACGCCGAGAAGAUCAUUGCGGUCAAGAGAUGCAGUUGACAUCGAUUUACCGGACUCGGAACUCUAAGUAAACUGUUUGAGGUUUCGCUUUUUGCCAACAGCUGCUGUACUUGAUUGAUUUAGGUAGCCCACAUAAUUGUGAGCCGCGGUUUAGUUUUUGAUAACUUUAAAUACAAUGGCACA